AUGACCUCUGUCACGGCCGCGUUGCUGCGUCAGCAGGAUGACGAAUGUAGCACUGCCGUACUCCACCUGCUUUGCGACAAUGAUGCCUUUAAACGACUGGCAGCCAGUGAGGGGGAGGCGAUUCUUCGCCGCGACAAGGAGGACGAGGAGAAAUUGGCGGUUGGCAUUGGCAUUGCGAAGGCCAAAGGAAUUUUGUCGGGGAACCCAGAUGUUGGCAGUGUCACACGGAUCUCCGUAGCCGGUAUGACGGCGCAACAGGUGACGGAAGAGAUCAUGAAAUACCUGCCAAGCAAGAAGGGGAAUGCUAUUGUUAUGCAGGGACUCUCAGGCACGGGAAAAGGGACGACCGUGAAUAAGCUGCAGAAACUGUUGCCACGAUGUGUCACAUGGAGUAAUGGCAACGUUUUCCGCAGCUACACCUACUUGAGCCUCGAGGCCUUGAAAGGGGAACCCAUACGUACGGAACUGCUCACGCCCGAGCUGCUCGCUGCGGUGGAGAAGCAGGUGACAUUUGAGCAGGUGGAAAACGGCGGGUUUGACAUUGUGCUCAAGGGAAGCAUACGUGUGGCUGAUAUACAGAACACACUACUAAAGAGACCCGAGAUUGAACAUGCGGUGCCUACUGUGGCACAACAAACUCAAGGCGAGGUCAUUCGCUUUGCAACCAUGGCCGUCGGAAAGCUUAAGGACGCCGGCUACAAUGUCAUCUUGGAAGGUCGUGCGCAAACCCUAAAUCACAUCCCCACGCCAUUCCGCUUUGAACUUGUGAUUGACAAUAUCACACUGCUUGGCGAACGCCGUGCUGCCCAGCGCGUCAUGGCGAAAGCUUUUUCAGAUAUCAAAAAUCAUCUUGAUGGUGCCACAAACAAAAUGGUAGAGGAAGCCAUUUUUAGGGCAUUAUCGGAGCUUUAG